UCUCAGGUGCCCAUAACCCAUUCACCAUGUCACCUCUCUUCAUGAUCACCCUCAUCUUCUCUGUGCUCGAUGGGCUGCACUGCAGCCCCUCAGAGGUUUCAUCCAACAUCAUCGCUGAAGAAGAGGACUACAAAGAGGACAACAAAAAUCUUGACAACAACCUAAAAGAAGAUGAAACUGAUGUCUCAACUUUGAUUGAGAAAGCAAACAAGAACCUGGAACAAGAGCUGAAUGUGCCGAGUGUCAUCUAUGGGGAUAUUGCUGUACCCUCUGGAUACGAAAAUGCUGACCCAUGCACGGCCCGUGGAUGCAAGUGGUUGAAGUCAUCGGAUGGGAAUGUCUAUGUACCCUACGUAAUCUCCAACCAGUACUCAUCCCGGGAGAGAGCUAUCAUUGAGCGAGGGCUGCAGUCCUUUGCCACCUCCACCUGUAUCCGCUUCAGGCGUCGCACCAGAGAGAGAGACUUUGUGAACAUCCAGUCUCGUGGCGGGUGUUACUCGUUCGUAGGACGUCGUGGUGGUGGUCAGGUGGUAUCUCUGGACCGACGCGGCUGUGUCUACCACCAGGUGGUCCAGCAUGAGCUUCUCCAUGCCCUGGGCUUCAACCAUGAGCAGACGCGUAGUGACCGUGACCGGCACGUCCGCAUCCUCUACCAGAAUAUCAUCCGUGGGCAGGAAUACAAUUUCAACAGGAUCAACACCAACAACCUUGGGACUCCAUAUGACUACAGCUCUGUCAUGCACUAUGGGAGGUAUGCCUUCUCCAGAAACAGGCAGCCAACCAUCGUUCCAAUCCCGAACAGCAAUGUGCCAAUUGGGAGAGCAACACAGAUGAGUCGCUUUGACAUUUUGAGGAUUAACAGGCUUUAUCAGUGCAAACGUUGCAGUUAAUUCAAGAAGUGUCCUUGCAUCACACCUGGUUCCCAGCUUAACCCGCCCAUCUGUGCCAUUUUGCUUCAAGUUAUUUUGGUUACUUUUGUUUAUUGGAAUUUUUUUUCAAAUUUAAAUCUAAAUAAACAAUCUAUUUUAACCUUGUUCACCAAGAGAUUUACAGAAUCCUGAUGAAAUAUGAUCACAGAGAAUGAAGGCCAGGGACAGAGAAUGAAGCAGGAUAACAAAGAGAAUGAAGCAUGAUAACAACAUAUGCUUGAACACAGCCCAAUAAACCUGUAGCCAUGACCUGAGCCAUGACCUUGCAAUCCACCCCAGCUCUGGCCAGGAGCUUGUCUACAUACUGUGAUUUGUGUCCAACCUGUGCACCUGGCAAGUAACCAUUUGAGACUCUUUUUCAUGUGUACAUAGCAUGCAGUCUACAACCUUAAUAGCUGAGUACCCACUGUCAGCUUUUCAAAAGGAUGGAGAAUUCGCCUGGGUGCUGUCAAAAUUGUCUCCCAGAUCCUCUUCUUGCAAGGACUGGAAUUUUCCAGGGUGAAGUAAAUU